AUGGGUCACACCGCAGAACCAGAUAGUGGCAUGAAAAGAGCCGCCGAAGUGACGGACGCCAUGUUAGGAGUGCCCGGCUACGCAGACGACUCUAUGUUCUUUACUGUUCGCUAUGGGCACCGAGCAAAGGAGACACUAAGAAAAUGUGACUACGAUGAAUUGAUGGAAACUUUGUCGAAAAUGACAGAACUUUGGGCGAAGAGCGGCGGAGGCGGUGCCAAGCCAGAACCCGGUGCAGAGGAACGAUACGCAAAAUUCAGGGAGCUUAGAGCGCAUGCUCUCGAAAUCGUCAAGGACUUCCCUGAUCUCGUUCGAGAUUUUGAUCGAUUCCAGGCCAGCUCCAAGGCUGCCAUGUCGGCGGUGCUGCGGGCCAACCCUUAA